GCGGAUAUAGUGGAUGCAGGGUCCGGGGAGACCAGAUAUAGUGAAUGCAGGGUCCGGGGAGACCGGAUAUAGUGAAUGCAGGGUCCGGGGAGACCAGAUAUAGUGAAUGCAGGGUCCUGGGAGACCAGAUAUAGUGAAUGCAGGGUCCGGGGAGACCAGAUAUAGUGAAUGCAGGGUCCGGGGAGACCAGAUAUAGUGAAUGCAGGGAUCCGGGGAGACCAGAUAUAGUGAAUGCAGGGUCUGGGGAGACCAGAUAUAGUGAAUGCAGGGUCCGGGGAGACCAGAUAUAGUGGAUGCAGGGUCUGGGGAGACCAGAUAUAGUGAAUGCAGGGUCCGGGGAGA